AUGAUGGGCGUCAUUGUGAUUGAUGACAACGGUGAUAAUGAUAUUGAUAAUGACGAUGGUGGAGAAAUUCUAAUCUACAGCAGGCAGGUAGUUGUUGGCUGGGGAGUAGCGCGAUUUGGUCUUUUUGGUACUCGGCCGCAACCUGUUUAUAACAACUUUAUGAAUGUUGCUGGAUUGUUUCUGGUACUAGUUAGUGGAAUUAUGUUUGUUUUUGUGAAGCACGAAAAUCAACAGCAGCAACAGCAACAGCAACAAGUGCUUGAUUCAGAUGCUGGAAAUAAUGGAUCAGCUUCAAAGCAGGGCAUGCAAAUCGAGGAAAAUGCAGCUGCAAAUCAUGAACAGAACAAUGCCGAGAAUGAGAUGGCAUUUCGUAUCUCAAAAGCUAAAAUUGGGUAA